UGUGUAGUUUGAACGGUCGGGUCUGUACUUGGUGUAAUUUUCGAUUGAAAAUUAUGUAAUAUUGUGCAGUUUUUGUACAAACUCCAAUUUUCCGACGAUAGUUUUGGUUAACAAACCAGUUAAUAGUGCCGCGGUGCGUAAAAGUCGUCGAAAAUCGACGUAUUUUCCUGGCAUCGAACAUUGAAGUGAAAGUGACGUCAUAAAAAUAAAGAAGAAUUUGUCCUUCAAAUUAAGCACCUUUAUGGUGCUUGUUCGGUAAAAAACUUAGUUUCAAAACUUUGCUGUGAUCAGUUCCAGUGAAUGUGCUACUAGUUAUUAAAAGCAAAACGCUUUUUAAAGCGAAUUUAUUCGAUUUUCUAGUCGAAAAUAAACAUAACCUCAAACAGUGAAAAAUCAAAAUAUACUGUGGGAUUGUUUUGUCAGCAAGAAAAAAACAGCAUCAGUGAAGUGAACAACAAAACUCGCUUGCUGCGUCGUACAAAACGUAAACCUCAUCACUAGAGCACAGCAGAAGUUUGUGUGGUAUCAAAAUAUUUUUAUUUUUCCUUCGAUUGCUAAGAGGAGAAAGGUAUAGAAAAAGAAGGUACAGCCGAAGCAAAACACCGAACAAACCUAGAGUUUCGUUCGAGUAAUCCAAUUUGACUUUAUCCGAAGCGAAAAAAAAAACUUAGUGGUUUUGUUUUGUGAGAAGUAGGAAAAAAAAGUAGAACGUACGAUGGCCACAUUGUUUACUCCGAUUGUACAACCGGACGCACUGCUGCGGCGGUGUCCGACGGUGCUGCGAAGGCCAGCCCCGGCCACGGCACGCAUCUCGGCUGCACGCGUGAAGCGCGAUCUGUUCGGUUCCGGCGAUAAGGAGGAGUCCAAGAAAAUAUUCGAGCGUGAGAUAGCGGCUCACCUCAAGCGGGUAAGCAACAAGUGGGGCUUCAACUUCCAGACCGGUCAGCCGAUGGAAAACCACAACCAGUUCCAGUGGGAGCGGGUUCCGCCGACGUCGGCGCCAUGUUGCUUCACCAGAAUGGUUACGCUGACAUCGGCUGCGCACACCGUACCGCGGAGCACGGCCGCGACCACCACCCGGGAGGAGGAUCUGCUGGACCGACGCGCCGAGCGCGAGAACGGUAUCAACUACAACCGGGCCCGUCCGCUGUCGCCACUCCUUGAAGACGCCGCUUGCACCACGGAAGCCACGGAUUGCGGCGAGCCGGAGCGAACCUACCCGCUGGUGCUGCGGGGCGCAACCAGCGGCAGCAGCAGCAGAAGUUCCUCAUCCGCGAAAUCAACCCAGAUUCAAGUAAAAAUCACAGACUGCUUCAAGGAACGCAAGCGUCGAUCCGGUGGCAUUUCGAAGGCUUCUCCGGCCAAAAAAGCCCGUUCUAUGUCGCCAUCAGCAACAACGUCACGGACGACAGCUACGUUGUUGAACAACAAGCCACUGACGCAAUAACUGACGUGGCACCGAAUCUGCUUUCAACAAUUGGCUAUAAAAUUCUAAGAAGACUGGGAUUACACUUUUUGUAAACCAAAUCGUUAGAAAUCAGCAAAAUCUACCCUAGGAAAGUAAGCUUAGUCUGUAGAGCGGAAAAAUUGAACACAAAUUUUUGUAGAUUUUAGUAUUCAACAUCGAAUCUAUGCCAGAAUGCAUCGACCGAUUGAAUCCGAACGGACAAACUAAACCAUGACCAACUCUCAGGUAGUUCAGUCGGUCGAUGGUACUCUCGCAUAGUAAAUUUUUUACGUGUACAUAUAUUUGCUAAUAUAUGCUUGUAAAUAUACCGUCUAACAAGGCGGAAGAUAUCGGAAAAACAAUCCUUUUUGAUAAGCACAUCGCCCUUGUUCGAUCUGCUUAUCGAAUACGGUCGUUUUCUUCAAUUCUAUUACCAAAACACGCAACAAAAAAACGCCGAAUUUCGAAACUAAAAUCAACCCCAACGUUGGUUUUCGUUUCGAACGAGGUAUUUUUCCCGCCCCCAACCCUUCUUUGGCUAGAUUUUUUUCUUUCUUCGGUUUACCGGUUUAAAGAUUGAAUCAUAGAAAAAUGCUCCCUCGGAGCCGGACCGGCGGCGGAGGAGACAGGAGCGGGUACCGUCCGCAGGCGGCGAAAUGAUCUCUAACAUUCGUUGAAGGUUUCGUUUGCAAUAUGUAGUAAGCUUAUCGUUAGCACCUGUGGGACAUUGCUGCAAUAAAUCAAUCGAAUUUUCGGAGUGCAAUAUGUUUGCCCCCGGUCGGUCGGUCGGUCUCUGCCUGUUCCCCGUUACGCUUCCGGCACACACACGCACACACUCCGGGGAAGCAUUUGCCGGAAAGGCUCGAUCUCUCCUUUACUGUACAAAUUUUACCUUAAAUCCUAGUGCUUAGUAAGCUGUAAGUCGACGUUUGUGCCAACCCAGCCCCAAGGCUGGUGGAUAGCUUUUACUAUCUUAGAAUUAGUGUGCUACUAAAUUAAUACUUCAAAGCAAAAUAUAGCGCUGUUGAUCGUCGGUCUUCGAAUGGAAUGUACUUCACAGAGGAUCGAAACUAAGUUAGCUAGUAGGUAUGGGUGGGCCCUAACUGGCCCUUUUUUAUGUUACCGCAAUACGACGACGUUGCGCGUAAACCGUACUAGAUGAACAAUCGGUAGUUUAAUAUAUUCACAUUUCCAAAUCUCAUCAAUAUAUAUCAUAUUUAUUAUAAGAAAGCAAAAAUAGAAUUUUCUAUAUUUUUGUCAAUCGUUUCUGCUAAACAUUAUUACACCAUUUACUAUUUAAAUAAUUUUCCCCUGAAGCAAAUGAGGGGCCGUAGGGGCGAAAGCCCGUAGAACUCCUCCCCAUUUUAUUGUGUUUGUGACAUUAUCAAGGGACAAUAAUAGAUUCAACAACUACAACAACAGCAGGAAAAAUUAUAUUCAUUUCAAAACCCUGUAUUAUGUGUAUGAACAUUUGAGCGAAAAUGCAU